AUGUCUGCUGCAACGUCUCAAGACCUCCCCACAGCGGGGUAUGAGAUGUCUACAACUAACAACGACGGCUCUGGUCCCAAACCCGAGCCAAAGAAUGCUUCGGUCUGGCUCUCCAUGUUCGCCCUCAUGAUUGCCACGUUCUUGGCGGCCAUGGACACGAGCGCGGUCUCGACCGCCUUGCCCACGAUAGUGAACCACUUCAACGGCAAGGAGUUCGUCUGGGUCGGUCCCGCGUACACGCUUUCCGGCACCGCAUUCUUACCCAUGUCUGUCCACCUCGCCAAUAUCUUCGGACGACGCCCCAUCCUCCUGGUGUCGUUUCCGCUCUUUGCCCUCGGUAGCGCUCUCUGUGGCGGAGCUCAAAGCAUGUCGAUGCUCAUCGGAGGACAAAUCUACGGCGGCGUUAUACUCACCAAGUUCACCUAUGGCGGUGCAGGGAAUUGGCUCUGGCAGAAUCCUGUCUCUGACGGAGAUCAUUCUGUCCGAUCUCGUUCCUAUGCGAGAGUGAGGGGCGUACCAGGGCAUGAUUGGACUGGUGUGGUCUACUGCUUCAGUCAUCGGCCCUCUGGUCCUAAGUACGAGUAUAUCAGGAACGUUGACGAAUUGCUCACGGAGAGAUCAGGGCGGCACGUUUGCGCAGAGACGCGACUGGACUUGGCGUGGGCUAUUUUUCUUGGAUGAGUUCACAUACUCUCUGCGGACCUCAACCUUCCACUGACGGGCAUCUCAAUGGUCUUGUGUCCUUUCUCCCUCAAGCUCAAAGUGCCACACUCCACAUUCAGGGAGAAGGUCAAGAGGAUAGACUG